AGCGCGAAGAUCACAACCCGCAGAUAUCUUCGUCCAGCCAUGAAGACGUGAGUUCAAUGUAUACAAGACGUGCAGAAGAAGUAAUUUCGGUGCAAAACGUAGAACCACAGUCGAAGUGUAUAUAGUGCGUUUGAUGCCUUGGACGUUACCACAGCUAUUGUAGUGGCGUAGUUGCAUUGUUAAUGCGCUCACGAAGGAGUUGUUUUUUGGUCAUGACUGUUAUAUGGUGGCUGGUGACUGUGCUCCACCUUGUAUUUGCCGAGGACACAUCGUCUUCUAGAGACAAUGAAAAAUGUCUGGGCGAGGAUUAUUCGUGCGGGUGCUCGGGUUUGAAGCGGGAUCAUUCGAAGCGUGAAGCAUCUGGAAGUAGCACAACUCCUUUUCAAAGAGUGCCAGUAGACGGUGAUCCCAGAGCGCAGUCAAGCCGAACAAAUCAAGUUGUGUUCUUACAAGGAGGAGAAUUUACAAUGGGAACGGACAAGCCCGUGUUUGUUGCUGACGGUGAAGCACCAGCUAGAAAAGUAUUUCUUGAUGGCUUCUACAUUGACGUGCACGAAGUGAGCAAUGCCGAAUUUCACAGGUUCGUCCAGUCCACAGGCUACAAGACUGAAGCUGAAACGUUUGGAGAUUCAUUCGUGUUGGACAGUGCCAUUAGCGAAGCAACGAAGAGUGGCAUAACACAAGCAGUUGCUGCAGCUCCUUGGUGGCUCCCGGUAAAUGGUGCUGACUGGCGUCAUCCAGAGGGUCCUGACAGCAGCAUUGAUGAGAGGAUGGACCAUCCAGUUGUGCACGUUUCAUGGAAUGAUGCACUUGCCUUCUGCAAAUGGAUGAAAAAACGGCUUCCAACUGAGGCAGAAUGGGAAUAUGCCUGCCGGGGACGACUUGAAAAUAGAUUAUUUCCGUGGGGAAACAAAUGGGCUCCCAAAGACGAAGUUCGAGCCAACAUCUGGGAAGGAGAAUUUCCUCAAAGGAACACAGCAGAAGAUGGAUUCAUUGGAACAGCGCCUGUGAGUGCCUUUCCGCCAAACAGGUACGGCCUUAAAAACAUGAUAGGCAAUGUCUGGGAAUGGACGAGUGACUGGUGGACUACACAGCACGAGAAGAAAGAAGUGCUUGUUGAUCCUAAAGGACCACCAGAUGGAACCGACAAGGUGAAAAAAGGUGGCUCGUUUAUGUGUCACAAAAGCUACUGUUAUCGUUACCGUUGUGCAGCGAGGUCCCAAAACACCCCAGACACAACUGCAUCCAACGUGGGAGUACGAUGUGCAUCUGACACGUUACCCAUUGAUUCUGUACUUGUUGGCAAUUAUAGUGUGGGGCAUAAACAGGACAAGACUGACUAGUUGGUAUUAUGCUGCUAGCUCGGGUGUAUGGACGGGACAUGCUUCUAUAAUCAGGGGUGAUAAGCUGAAUUAUUGUUCUCUAGGUUAGAUCUGGCUUGCCCCUCCUCAUCAUUCAUACACAGAGCCCGAACUUUUCGGGAAAUAAUUUUUUUUCUAAAUUCCGGGGAUAAAAAUCGGGUAAAUAAAUGUGUCCUCUAAAUUCGUGUGAAUUCAGGUGGAAAAAAAUUCCAGUAUGUUAAGUUCACGAAGAAAUCUGGCUCAGUUAUUCAAACUAACUGUACUGGUUUGGUACAAGAGGUGAUAUAACUGAGUUUGCUGCCAAACAAGUUAGUAUGCAUUCCUGCAGACAUCUCAGUGAGGGCAAUCUGCCAGGUAAAAUUGGGUUUCACCCUAAAGAGGUAACCUUCAAUUCGGGGUGCAAAUUCGGGGAACAAUCGGGUAAAACCCUAAAACUUCAGGCUCUAUUCCUACAGAACCAGAUAAGCCUCCGUCGGCGUGGUUGAUUCGCUCCUCAGGCGUGCUUUUUCGGUUUCGGCUCAUUCGCAUACCAAAAUUCGGGGAUGGAUAUUUUAGUAUGUUUAGGGAUUUUUUUAAACGUGGAACGAGGAUAGUCUCUCAAUCCGCUAUCUCGCUUUUGCCUGAAAUUCCCAAAUUAAAAAUGUAAUAAAUUAAUUUCAGGUAAUUAGUCGUCUGGUAGUUGCUCUCUUCCAGAGGAUGUCCGCCUGGCCGUGGCACUCAACUGCAAAAUCAACAUCUAUGCUGCUCUCAUAGGUUUCUUUAAUAAAAAUUCUGGUCUGUCUUACGUGAUGCACCCUGUAUAGUUGUGUUCAUGCAUUAAGUGUUUGUGUACCCGUACAGCACGUAUGUACAGUGCUAGAGAUAAGUUUACGGAUCAUGCUCCGGCGCAUUCCUUCCUCAGAGUGACACGCUAGCAGUGAAUGGGACCGUACAGACUUGCAAACAGGUGAUUGGGUUACCUAGGCACAUGUCUGGAAGUCCGUACAGUCCAAUUCGCUGCUGCCGUGUCACCUUGAGGAAGGAAUGCGCCGGAGCAUGUUCCGUAAAAUUUUGUCCAGCACUGUACACAGGGCCUGACUUUUUAGGGUUAUACCCGAUUACACCCGAUAAUUGCCUUCCUGAUUCAAAUCAGCAAAGAGCAGGGUUUAACCCGAUAUUUCCGCAAAAACUGUUGGACCAGCGUGAUCCCAAGUCAUCACAACUAACACAGAAGUGUUUCUAGUGUGCCUUGUGACCAUAGAAUUGGACAUGUAGUAUAUGAGAUACGACUCCCUGUCACGUUUGUUGCAUGUGGAUAACAGGAUUAUUUUCAUUUACAAAUGGGCAUUUGUGGGCUGAGUGGCGUACUAUUGCUCCACCCCAAAAUACGGAAACUAUUUUUGUAACGUUUAAAGUAUUUUGCAAAUAAAAGAACAACUCAAAGUGU